CCUGAGGGAAGUCAAAAGCCUCUGGUGCUUUUCAAACGUGCUCGCCUGUCCUUUGGCCGCUACGGGCCAUGAGCUCGGGAGUGCGGACAGAGCCACUGCCUGGGGACCCCCCGGUGUCGAUCCCGGGGGGCCCCUACUCUGUGAUAGUGCUGCUGCGGGGCUACUCGGUGCCGCAAGGGGCCGGGGGCGCGCAGAGGGCUGACGGCUCCGUGACGCUGGUCCUGCCCACGGCGUGGAAGCCAUGGGGCGCGCGUGGAGAAGAUCCCGCGGUGCCGGACACGCAGGCCGCCCUGGAGCAGGCGGGCUCGGGCCCCGUGCUAGUGGAUACAGGAGGGCCCUGGGCUCGAGACGCCCUGCUGGCCGCGCUGGCUGCGCACGGCGUGGCCCCAGACUCGGUGACCCUGGUGGUGGGCACCCACGGCCACUCGGACCACGUGGGCAGCCUGGGACUGUUCCCGCGCGCCGCGCUCCUCGUCUCCCACGACUUCUGCCUCCCGGGGGGCCUCUACCUGGCCCACGGGCUGAGUGAGACGCGUCCGCUGCGCCUGGGCCCGGGCCUCGAGGUGUGGGCGACGCCGGGCCACGCGGGCCGCGGUGACGUUAGUGUGGCGGUGGCCGGCACCGCCCUGGGCACAGUCGUAGUGGCGGGAGAUGUGUUCGAGCGCGAGCACGACGGCAACACAUGGUGGCAGCUCAGCGAAGACCCCGUGGCUCAGGAGCGCAGCAGGCAGCGGGUGCUGGCGGCUGCAGACGUGGUCGUGCCCGGGCACGGGGGACCCUUCAGGGUCCUUAAAGAGCCCGUAGCCGACUCGGUGUAUUGACCCGGGAGAGACUGUUACAAGCACAGGCCCAGGAUCGGGAGCUGGAAGAGAGCCGAGCGCCCGGACCAGCCAGAUGACCCAAAAGAACACUCUCCCUCCCGCCCCACGGGGGCCAUGCGAUCAGGACCGCUCUCAGUGCUGCUGACCCCCUCCUUGCUAAGCUCUGCUUUAGUGGAGGGAAAUCUACAUUUUCAUCUCUGAGUUAUGUUCCUCACUCCCGAACUGACUGAAAUACCUACCAGCCUGCUGGAUCAAACAAAAUAAAACAUGGAAAACUGUUAUCCAAAUAUAAUGCCUUAAGCAAAUGUCAGACCUUCAUGCUGACAGUCGUAAUAAAUGACUGGGAAAAUCUGAGCCUCUUUUGCACUUACCUGGAUUCGAGGUUGCAGCUGUGGGCGCCAGUAAGUGGGUAUGCCUUCCUCAAUAUCUGGGUGCUAGUUUUUCAAAUAAAGUUAUUAUCUUUUGUUUUUA